CGCCGAUGGACCACAAGCGCCUCGACCUUACACGCUUCAAACACUGAAGGAUAUCAUAUUGUAUAACUUUAACAUGAUCUAACUUCGAAAUACACAGACAUGCUCCGCUUUACGGUUGUGUUUUGUGCCCGUGGAGUCACUAAAAGGUGUGUCUCUUCGCUUGCUGGAGAAAGCGCUGUUCCUCCAAAUCUCCUGCUGCCCACAAACCUAGUGGACCCCUCCAGACACAGACGUCCAGCCCCUCCCCCUGACACUGCCCUCCCCAUCCUGAGGUCAUGUGACACAUCUUUGCCUGCUCACCUGAGUCCAGUUCGAACCUGGGUCCAGACCUUAAUGAACCCCAGUGAUGAACCGCUGGGACUGACUGAGCUGCAUCCAGAUGUUUUCGCUGUCCCUCCCAGAUUGGACAUUCUUCAUCAAGUUGAAAUAUGGCAGAAGAAUUUUAAAAGAAUUAGUCAUGCCAAAACAAAGGUGAGGUCAGAGGUCAGAGGAGGAGGCCGGAAACCAUGGCGACAGAAAGGAAGUGGACGGGCGAGACAUGGCAGCAUCAGAUCCCCCCUCUGGAGGGGAGGUGGCGUGUCACAUGGACCACGGGGCCCCACCAGUUACUAUUACAUGCUGCCGAUGAAAGUUCGAGUAAUGGGGCUAAAAGUGGCCCUCAGCUCCAAACUGGCACAGGAUUACCUUCACAUCGUGGACUCCCUCGACAUCCCGACUCCAGACCCUCAGUAUCUCACAGAGCUCAUCAAGCAGAAGCAUUGGGGACAGUCUGUGCUCAUUGUUGACGUUGGUGAGGAGUUUCCUGAAAAUAUACUUAAAGCCACAGAAGAAUUGAAGACUGUUAACAUCAUUCCAGCCAUGGGUCUGAAUGUCCACAGUAUGUUGAAACACGAAUCUCUUAUUUUGACUUUGGAAACUGUUCGAUUUUUGGAAGAGAAGUUACUUUGGCACGACGUUCGUUUUUCUCCUCUAUAUCCAUUCAAACUACCAUACUCUGAUAUAUAAAACAAACUUUAUUAUGUUUACUAAAAACUGUAAUAAAUUAUGUAAAA